GAGCUUGAUUUGGUAAUGAUUAAACAGUCCGUCAGAGCUCAUAGCCAAUGGAGCCUCUCUGGCGUGCACACACCCUUCGGUGACGGGUGCGCACCUGAAUCUGGGGACGUGGCUAGCGGAAACUUGGGUGUGGAUUGGCGCUUGGCGGCUGAAUCCUGGCCGCGGGGUGGUGAGGAGUUGCAAGGUCGGACUGGAAGGAGCCUAACGCGCAGAGCAGGGGAGAGGAGCUCCAAGGUUGCAGGUGCAGCCAGUGUCAUUGUUGGUCACCCUUUGGACACAGUCAAGACUCGCCUGCAAGCUGGUGUGGGCUACAGGAACACCCUCAGCUGCAUCCGCAUGGUGUACAAGAGAGAGAGUGUGUUCGGCUUCUUCAAGGGCAUGUCUUUCCCCCUGGCCAGCAUCGCUGUCUACAACUCAGUGGUGUUUGGGGUCUUCAGUAACACACAGCGGUUCCUCAGCCAACACCGCUGCGGGGAGCUGGAGUCCAGCCCUCGCCACAGCCUGUCUGACCUGCUCCUAGCCAGCAUGGUGGCUGGCAUGGUCUCUGUUGGGCUGGGCGGGCCUGUGGACCUCAUCAAGAUCCGUCUGCAGAUGCAAACACAGCCAUUUCAGGAAGCCAACCUCAGUCUGAAGUCCAGGGCAGUGGCUCUUGGGGAGCAGCCAGCCUACCAGGGACCGGUGCACUGCAUUGCAACCAUCAUGCGGACCGAGGGCCUGGCAGGGUUGUACCGGGGGGCCAGUGCCAUGCUGCUGAGGGACAUACCGGGCUAUUGCCUCUACUUUAUCCCCUAUGUGUUCCUGAGUGAGUGGAUCACGCCUGAGGCCUGCGCAAGUCCCAGCCCCUGUGCCGUGUGGCUAGCAGGAGGCAUGGCAGGAGCCAUUUCCUGGGGGACAGCGACUCCUAUGGAUGUCGUGAAAAGCCGACUGCAAGCUGACGGGGUUUAUUUAAACAAAUACAAAGGUGUCCUGGACUGUAUCUCCCAGAGUUACCAGCAAGAAGGCCUUAAAGUGUUUUUCAGAGGCAUCACGGUGAACGCUGUGCGGGGCUUCCCCAUGAGUGCCGCCAUGUUCCUCGGGUAUGAGCUCUCGCUGCAGGCCCUGCGCGGGGACCAGGCCGUGACGAGCCCAUGAGCGCCAGGUCAUUGUGCUUCCUUGCCAGCCAGUUGACGGGUGUCAUCUGACCAGGGCCAGAU